AGUUUCAAUGGUGCUGAGAUAUUUGCAAAACUCCGGACCGCAGGUGUCUGCGAAAUGGAAAAGAAAACAGACUGGAAGGCAGUGUCGGUGGCCGGAGUCGUAACCUUCUUAUCGGCCGUCGAACAUACCGUGGUUACUAUGUCCGAAUGGCCUUAUAUGCACACGAUCGACCCCGAAGCCACUUCGCAGUUCUUUGGUUUCGCAUCUUCCGCGUCGAAAUUUGGACAUGCCAUUUUCGCCGCCGUGUUCGCUUUAUGGACCUACAAGAUCCAAAACACGAAGAUGCCACUGAUUGUGGGCCGACUGAUAGCAUUCUUCUCCUGUUGUCUCUACCUCUCCGUUGAGCUUUUACCCGUAGGGAGACGAUAUCUUAUGAUGUUCUGUUACUUCCUUCUCGGUAUUGCGACCAGUUCGUCAACGAUACUUCGUUCCUACUUCGCUGCCGUCAGUACAGAACAUGACCGCACAAAGGCCUUCUCGGCGUUCGUCGUUGCGAAUAUGCUAUCUAUUCUUGUAGGACCAAUCUGCCAACUUAUCUUCUCUUUCAUACGAUAUCCGGGUUUUGUGGUCGUCGAGGGAUUUCUGAAGUUCCACAUCUAUUCGGCACCGAUUUGGAUCGCCACGUUCACAAACUUUGUCUCAAAACCAGAGUUGUUUUGUUUAGAAAUGGGAGAUUUGUUCAAUACGGAGAACGUUAAGGCUUGGAUCAAACGUAUGCUGUCGACGAAUCUCAAAUGGCCUCUGAUCAUAUUGUGCUGGUUGGAAAGAAUGUUAAUCAUUUGGAGUUUCUUGUUUAAAAUGGAUUUUUUUCGCAGUGUUUUUUCUCCAUUUGUGAUGACCGCAUACGGAUGGGAUGGCCAAAAGACGGUACAUGUUAUUUCAAUGGGCAUGGUUGUGAUCGGAAUACUUGCUAUCAUCGUCUCUGUGGCGUUCAUUGUUUUCCGAUUAGGAAACACAAUCUCUCCGAGGUGCACAUUUCUGAUUGCUUCCCGAGCUGUUUUUCUAUUAUUUCCUAAACAGUACUCUAGCCAAUUCGUGUUCUUUAGCUUAUUUUAUUCUAUCCAUGCCCAUUCUAACUAUCCAUUAUUUAUCUCGGGUUCAGAAACCUUGGGGACCGGUUGCGAUACUCGACAGUUUACAUGGUGUGGCACCGCUUAUGGGACAUUGCCGAUUGUGCUGCUAAUACCAGUCUGCCUAAUGUUGGGAGUCGGAGUGAGCAUGGCUGCGAUUUCUCUAGACACUACCUACUCGAAAGUUCUUGGAAAAAUUGACCAGGUUUGUAGUAAAAAAAGGAGAUUUUCAGAACUUAUUUGUUUCCGCUCUUCACUAUCAAGUCCGAAAAUUCUAAAUCGCUACCAAUGCGCAUCUUUUUUGAAAAAAGGGAAUAUUCUCAGAAAUGAAAUGAUUCACAAUCGAGUGGUAGACACUUCUGCGAAGCAAUGA